GUCCAAUACCCGCCACUUGAUCACAUUCGUAUGGGGUGUGCAACAAUUACAGUAAAUGAUGGAGCGUUUUCAAAUAGUGUACGCAUUACAAAUACCGGUUGUGCAACAAAUCAAAUGGUAAACAGUAUCGUUUGCGAGUCUGCAGGCAUAUGUCCCGUUCCAAAAAACGAAGUAAAGCAAACAAGACCAACACCAUCAACAUCAACAACACCGGUGCAUCAGACAACGAGUAUUUGGCCAACUGUCGUCAAUCAAUCUAUCUUUACAAACGAGAAAUCAGCAGAAUACACCACUCCUAUUAUAAAUCGGUCGAAUGAAAACCAAUCUAAAAAGGAAUCAGGUCUGAACUCCUUAAUGGUUGCUGCGUCAAUUGCUGGGACCGGGACCACAAUCGUAAUAAUUUUACUAAUUUUCCUCCUCGGUCGACGUAGACAGAAAAAAAAAGAACCAAGAUAUUUACUUGGUCCGAAUCAGCAUUUACCGUCUACAAACCUAUCAAUCAAGAACGGGCAACAUGAUGGAGGUACCGUCUCCUACUCUGAUGGUGUUGUUGUCUGUGAGAACCAUCAAGGUCAGGGCGAGUCUUACAGCAUGCUUGAUGCAACAAACAUGCAUUCACCGUCUAGAACGUUAGUUGUUAAUGAUGUAUAUGCAACGCCAUAUAGUGACGCAGUGGCAAAUUAUGGAAUGCAAGAUCAAGGACAUGAUAUACCCAAUGCCGCAGACAUGGAUUCAAGCGCAGAAAAUGAAAACGGAUUAGGUGGUGAUGUGUAUGCCGUACCAGAUAAGAAGUCAAAAGGACGUAAAGAACAAGAAGUAGACGAAGCCUAUGAUACACCUGAUGCCAGUGACAUGCAACCAGCGUCGGAACAGCAUGGAAAGUCUGUUGACGUUUUAAACGAUACAUUAUAUGUAAAUGCAACCAAUAGUGCUCUUGAAGAAGCUGCUUAUGAUUCAAUCAACGCUAAUGACAAACAUUCAGGCAAACAAAAACUCGAUGGCGCAUACGAUGUUCCUUCUAAUAGAGACCCAAGUAGGCCUACAGGGGAUCGUCAGCAAGUUCAUGAUAGCACUUAUAAUGUGCUAAAUGGAGCAAAACUUCAUUCAAAGCCUGGAAAAUACAAGUCAGACAACGAAUAUGGUAGGCUUAAUACUGCACAUCAUAUGCCACCAAAAGACGACGUUUAUUCGUAUGUGGAGACUUCGAUAGGCUGCCGCGGAAUUGUGUCGCCAGGUGAAGAUAAUGCUUAUGACAAACUUCAGCGCAAUACAGAACUUGGUGACGCUUUGACAAAUGACAAUUAUUAUAAUUCACUUCAGUAGACCCUUCACUAACAUUCGAAUCUACAGUAUGUUGUACUUAAAGAAAAUACUAAUUAUAAAAUAAAUAGCAGAUAAAAUUGGUACAGCACUAUAGUCACUUAGUGCAGCCUUGCAUACUAUAAGCCUACUAGUUUGUGCCAUAUAGUGAAGAAUUCGAAUCUACAAAUAUGCCUAUUACUGUACCAUAGAGCAAAGAACUUUGUUCUAUGGCUGUACUUAAUGAAAAUACUAAUUAUUAUAAAUAAAAUAGCAGUACAAACAUGGUACAGCAUAGUGUUGCAUACUAUACUAGUUGGUGCAGUGUGUACAUCUUAAACAAACAAAAAAAUAUCUGUAUGUGUGUGUGUUAACUUUAAUUAGGCCUAUACAUUUAUCCAUAUAUUGUACUUAUUUAUACCGCCAUUAAUUGCGGGGGUGGGGGAUAGGCUUAUACAAAGUGAGCUAUUCAGAAUUCAAAAAAAAAAAAUUGUCAAAAUAUUUUUUAAAAGAAAAGAAAUUUAUAUUCAAAUUUAGGUCUGAGAGUGCCAUCUCCGGCCAUCUAGAGGUGCCAUAAGCAUAAAUUUUCUUAAAUUGAGG